AUGUCCCAGGCAGGAGGAGCUGAGGAGACCUUUGAACACCGCGAUGUGGUCAUCAACACCCAGGACAAGGUCUCGGACGUGUACACGCAGCUGGAGAAGCUGGGAGAGGGGAAGUUCGGGAAGGUGUACCGGCUGCGGGAAAAAGCCUCCGGCAAAAUCCGUGCUGGGAAGUAUUUCCGGACACGGACGGGCAAGGAGAGGGCGGCGGCCCGGGCAGAGGUGGAGCUGAUGAACCUGCUGCAGCACCCCCGCCUGGUGCAGUGCCUCGCUGCCUUCCAGGGCCCCACGGAGCUCGUCAUGGUGAUGGAGUACGUGGCAGGGGGGGAGCUCUUUGAGCGCAUCGUGGAUGACGACUUCGAGCACACGGAGCCCAGCAGUGCCCAGUACGUGAGGCAGAUCCUGGAGGGGCUGCAGUUCAUGCACGGCCGGGCCAUCAAAACAGGGAAAGCCCUGCUGGCCCUCAACAGGCUGACCCUGCUGUCCCAGAGCCUGGAGAGGAAGGUGUCAGAGGCUCAGGAUGAGGAAGGGUCCAACCCUGGCCCUCCAACAGCUGGGUGA